AAAACUGUUGCUGUUACCGGUAAUCAGAACUAAUUUUGGUUUGUAGUUACUUCUCAUAUGUACUUCCUUCUUCUUUUGCUUAUUUCUAAGAUGUGUGUAGACAGCUUGUGUUGAAAUAUUUUUGGUCAUAUCCCUAGAAGUCUGAUUAAAUAUGAUUUUAAUACUGUCCACCCAUUUUGUUGUUGUCUGUCAUUAAGAGGAUUCAAAUUCUGCUACUAUGAGACAUUAGCUAGAAAAGAAAUGACACCACUCUUCACAUACUUUGUAUUGAUAAGAGUUUAAAUACCUGAGAUGACAAAAUUAACAGCUGUGAAUUGAUUUAUCCAUAUUGAUUUUGAUACCUUGUUAAGAUUGUCCUUUGGUUAACCCAUGGAACACGUCUUUCUGAGUGAUAACCAAACAUAUAACAUAACUUGUACACACAGUCCAGUCUCAAAGCAGUUGAUAAAACAUGUUAUGUUAUAUUCAACUUUCUUAGACUGCAACAAUUUUCCAUGCAGAAGUAUUUCUUACAUCAGAAUCUCUUUCAAUUUGCAGCUAGAUAUAAAGGAAUUUUCUUCAGUUAAAAACUGCUUGUGCUUUAUGACUAACUUCCUGCUAUGUAACUUUUGGACCAAUGGCUUAAAGUAAUGGAUUUGCAGCUAAUGUCUUAAACUUAGCCCACAUAUACUUGAUACUAGUUACUGAACGGUGCUGUCUGCUGACCAAAUGUCUCUACAUGAGCACCGAAUAAGACACCUUGGCUGAUAACCUGAUUAAAUACGACUCAUUCACCCAACUAUCUUGCAUUGCACAUUACUUUGUAAGUCAGAUCACUUACUUCUUUUAUAUAAAUUAUCUGUUUCGUCAGAACUGGAUGAUUCAAGAAAUAAGUAUCAGUCAGGAGCCUUUUUACCACAAUGACAUUAGUUGGAAUUCAUUGGAAGCAAGUGGUGACUGAAGAUUCAUCAAGUCCUUAAGCCAGAUGGAGUAUUUAUUGGUGCCAUGUUUGGAGGAGAAACUCUGUAUGAACUUCGCUGUUCUUUGCAGCUAGCAGAACUGGAAAGAGAAGGAGGAUUCUCACCACAUGUAUCUCCCUUCACUGAUGUCACUGAUUUAGGACAUCUGCUGGGAAGAGCUGGCUUUAACACGUUGACUGUGGAUACUGAUGAAAUUCAAGUCAACUAUCCAGGGAUGUUUGAGAUCAUGGAAGAUUUGAAAGGUAUGGGAGAGAGUAAUUGUUCUUGGAAUAGGAAACCUAUCCUACACAGAGAAACCAUGUUGGCAGCUGCAGCAAUAUAUCAAGAAAUGUAUGGAAGUAAUGAUGGUUCAGUACCUGCUACAUUUGAGAUUUAUUACAUGAUAGGCUGGAAAUUCCAAGAGUCACAGGCAAGACCUGCCCAGAGAGGUUCUGCAACAGUGUCAUUUGGCGAUCUGGCAAAAAUAAAUGCACUUAUUUCAAGAAAAAAGUAGUUCAUCCAAUAGUUACGAUUGUACUGGAUCUCUUAUGGAACUUGGCAUUGCAGAUAUUCUACAGUUGUCAGGUUUCUCCUGUUAAUGUCACUUUGAAGAGCUAAUAAAGUAGUUACAGGACUUGGUUUAUGUUUUUUUCAAUGCAUAGCAGUAAGAGAACAUAGUAUCCAUUAAAAUUUCUAUAGAAAGAUGUUAUCAAUACAUUAAUAGAAGGGUGAAACUUUCUUUUUUGGUAACUGACAGUUUUCAGAUGUAAUGUCUGUCUUCGCCAUUUCAGUGCUAAGGAUUGCUCCAAAGGGAGUAACUUUUUUGUUAGUAUUUGGGUACUCUGGGUAUAAUGAUUUAAUGAUAUUAAAGAGAGCAUCUGCCUGGUGCUGUGAACAGGAUUUUCAACUGAACUAAUAGGGAAAAACGUCUGCAAAUACACAGAUCCUAUUUAAUAUGUAAGUAGUCUGAAGAUGUUUUUGUUUGUUUGUUUGUUUUCUUUGGGGGCCUCAAAAUAUGGGUAAAAACACUUGGCCAUCAGUUGUUGAAAUUCUCAUGUUUGACCUGCAUGUAAAGAGAAGUGAAGGAAACCAUCCUUGUAAGAGAAAAUACCUUGCUCAAGAACUCAGCUAAGUGUCUUACUUCAAAGUAUGUACAACUAAACAGUUACUGUGAGAUCAUUAUUUUCUAGGAACAGUGAUUUACUGUGUGCAUUGAGUGAAAGAACCCAGAAAAUGCUAUCAUUGGAGUCUAAUUCUUUACUUAACUAUUUGAGCAAGACUCCAUCAAUGAGGCAUGGCAAUGCUAUUUGUUUCCACACUGACUUGCAUUCUAGUGCUGUAAAGAAAAGGGCAAGGACAAUACCAAUCUAGUAGCCUGACGACAAUGCUAUUCAGCCUAGGGAGCUUAUGCAACAUUCUGUUAGAGUCAACAUGGUAGAACCCAUGUAGAAAACAUACUAGUCCGUAAGUGAAGUAUACCUAGCUCUUUAGUUAGUAACAGUGGAAUAAGUAUUCACCAACACUAUUAGUUUUGGGGAGGGUUUAGUUUCAUGAUCAGAAUACUAAAGUGAGAGUUCUAAAUGGGAGACAAGUCUCUUGUGUUUCUCUCUUGUAUACAGAAACUUCCCUCUCCUUGGCUGAGUAAUAUCACUGACAUCAGGAAGGGGGAACAUCUUGUUUUUGAGUUAAUAGGCAUUUUUCUGGGCAACUUGCAGUGUCUGCCCUCUACUAUUUAAUGUAACUAAUUUAUGACAGCUUACUUUAAAAAGUGUGCAAACGAGGAAACAGUUGCCUAUCAGACAUCCACCUUUACUUUGGAAUCCAGAACCCGAGCAACCACCAGAUAGUCAUUUUAGAGCUAGUAUUUGUUAAAUAACUGUUCCUACCCUCCUCUACUCCCCUCAAGGUGUUAAGCCCUUUAAUGCUAUAUCCUAUAGUAUUUGACAGCCAAGGAAUUGCAUUUUUUACAGCAACAACUUUGCUGUAUUACAAGUACAGGAUAGUACACAUGAACAGCAAUAGUAGUAAUCCCAAGUAAUAUUUAUACACAGUGUGGCUGACUUAAUUUCAGGCUUUUUAUAUCUAGAUUCUCAGCCCUAAAGUGCAUUGCAACAGUUGGACAUUGUGCUGUCAGCACUGUCUUAAUUCAGUCCUGGUCCACACUGCACAGGUCAACAUAAGGCAGCUUACAUGGACCUAAUUAUGACAGUGUCUAAACUACAGCCUUGUCCUGCCAAUGUAAGUCCCCAUCUACACUGCCAUAAUAACCACCCCCACUAGAGGCAUAGGGGUUAUGUUGGUGUAGUUAGGGUGAUGCAGUGUCUGUGUAAACAUUGUGUUACUUACAGCUGCUGUUAGCACUCUCGUUAAUUUCACGGCUCUGGUGGAGUGGGCGGGGGGGCAGGCUAUGAAGCUGGGACAGCUGGACCCCACUGCCUAUGGGCAAGAAGCCCCAGGUGCUGUCUCACUGCCUACUCCCCUGGCAGGGAACAGGAAGGCGAGAAGUUCUGGGAGCCUGUGGGCAGCUGGGCUCCUGGCAGAGAGCUGUCAACAGAGCUGAGAGAUUGGGUUGUCAGCUCCCCCAUACUGUUCUUUUUAGGUCAGUGGAAGUACUCUUAGUGACAACUUGCACCACCACCCCCAGGAGGAUAGUGUUGACAUGCACCACUGCAGUAAUUACUCCUAAUAUAGGUUGAAUUAAGUUUUUAGUGUGGACAUACCCUUUUUCAUUAUGCCUGUUGUAAUAAAAUAAUCCAGUAGGUGGAGUUCGACAGAAUGGUACAGCAUACUCCAAGCAAUAAAGUCAUAACUGUUUGUCAACCCUGCGUAUAAAGAAACCUUCAAAUAGAAUUGAAAAACCAUCCUAUCUUCUACAGUAUUGGGUUUCUAUUUAUAUUAUUAUUAGCAAUGCACUCAGACUGAAAGGAACACUCAUGUUUUCCCAAAUGUUGAUUUUUAGUUAAUUGCAUGUACUAAUAUUUUUUUUUCUAAAUUUUUGCUUUGAGUUUCUUCUCAAGCACUGUGGCUCCUGGUUAUGACUAGUUAGGUGUGAAGGGACUAGAGAGAAUGAAGAGGAAUGUUGUGUGGAAAUGUUAAUUAGGAGAGUUGCUGCUGUGCCUGGUUCUUCUACCACUCAAUCAGCACUUGGGUAGGAGAGAACUGAAAUGUUAGAAACUUCUUCUGUUUCCUUUGCAGAGAUGAAGAAUGUGUCACUGGUAAUAGGAAAAAUGGGCAUUGUGGACAGAGAAAGUGCAGAUUUGUUUCCCUCCCCAGUGCACGAAAGAGAGAAUACAGACAGCACCUAACUUGGGAGAAGGCUGGGAGUUACUGGUGUAGGGAAGAAUUAGUAGGUACUGCACAGGAUCCUUGCUAGUUGGUAGGCAGGAGAUUGGUCCUGCUGUUUGCUUGUAUAUUUAAAAACUCAAUAAUACUUACUUAAUUUAACUUCCUCAGACUAUUCACAGUACAUGAUGUAGCAAUUCAUGUCACUAACAUUCACCUUACAAACUUAAAAGCUGGGUCUACUUUAUAAAAUCUUCAGGUAAAAAAGCCUCGUAUCUUGGGUUUUCAAGUGGUAUGGGAGCAAGGAUAUUAUGUUAAUAGACCAGAUCUUGCUUUCAUGGAAGGCGAUGGCAAAACUUUCCCACUUGCUUCUCUGGGUUAGGAUUUAGGUUGCUAGCACCCCUAAAGGAGUUUCUCAGCAGCAUUUGCUCCAACUUCUGAAAUAUUACACCAAAAAGGUGAUUAGUGAUAAACACAUUCAUUUAACGAACAUUCAGUGUCUGACCUUUGCCCUGCAAAGAUCUAUGCAUGUGUUUAAUUAACCUGAAGCACAUGAGUAAUCACAUUCAAGUGAAGGGAUAAUGAAGCAUGCACAUAAGUGGUUGUAGGUUCAGGGCUUAAGUAUGUACAGUGUUACCAGUAGUGAUUAUGAAGUAUAAAUUAAGUGCAAAAAAACCAGUAAUGCAAUAUUAAGCUCAGAGCAUGGUACUUCUUGAAAGGAUAGGGGUGCAAAUCCUGCUCUUCUGCCCAAAUUCUAAUUUGGGUGAUUAUAUUCUGCUUACCUAAUAUUUCUUCUGAUGUUUUAGCUUCAGAGUGUCCUAGGUUCUGUUAAUGAAUAGAACUGAAAGCCUUAAGGGGUUCAGUUUAUCCCCUUUGCUUUAUAAAAGAAGAAUAAACAUACUCCACCACUAUAUUAUUGGUCUACUAGUCUGUGACCUAUAUUUCAGCAUACCUGUGCAAACUAAUACUUUUAUUUUUGAAUUUUUAAGUACUGUAUAGACCAGGAGUGGGCAAACUUUUUGGCCUGAGGGCCACAUCUGGGUGGGGAAA